UAUAACUGUAAAAAUUUGUAAAAUCGCUAGAAUAGAGCGAUAUGUUAGCCGAGGACCCAAUAAUAAAACGUCAUCUUUGGGGAGCCUUAAACCCAAAGUGGCAGGUACCUAUAACCCCACCUUUAAAGUAUGUAUACUUUGGAGUCACAGGAUCAGAACCAUGUUUAAACUAUGAGGAAUGUGUGAGAAGAAUUCAAGCAGUUCAAAGAUUUCAUAUGAUUGCAUGUCCAGAUAUUCGAUUUAAUUUCGUCAUUGGAGGUGACUUGCGCAUUUACGAGGGCAGAGGAUGGGACUAUCAACCAGGACUUUCAAACGACUAUAGAAGACUUAUCCCAAAGUCAUUGUAUAUAGGUUAUAUUGGAAACUUUAGAAAAGAACCAGAUCAAGCCCCAAGAUAUGACGUGACACCUGAGAUGAUUUCAUUGGCAAACAGUUUAGUUCUUUUGGCCCUCGAGAAUGGAAUUUUGGAUAAAUACUUUAUAAAGGAAGAUUUAUUUUGA